CCAAAACAACAAGAACACAUCUGUAUCGUAAAUUCAGUUGUGUGUUUUUCACAGAAGUUUGUCUAUGGGAAAUGUGAUUCUUUUUUUUUUUUUGGAACAAGUAACGAGAGUCGUUUCCUGAUCUGGAGCAGCAGAUCCCGGCUGAAUUGAACACAUACAUCUGGAUACUUAGCUCUCUGCUUUUUUUUUUACACGCAUUCCGCUGUGUGCAGAACGAAAAUACAAGAACACGCACAUAUUUAACAAAGAAGGAGCCACAACUCACAAGACCAUGGAGUUAGAAGGAAAAGCUUGAGAAAAAAGGUGAUUGAGUGCAUUGGUUCCAUUUCUUUAGGGAUCCGAUUUGAAGUUUACAGUUCACCACAAUGGAGGCUACAGCCAUAUUGCCCAUCAUGAAGAAAAGGCUGGCUUUUCUCUCAGGAGGGAAGGACAGACGCAGUGGCCUCAUUCUGACGAUUCCUCUCUGUUCUGAGCAGACAAAUAUGGAUGAGCUGAGCGCCACACUUGGUUAUUUACUCGGCAUACCAAGUGAGAAAUGCAAAGCUAGAGGAUUUACAGUAAUAGUUGAUGGAAGAAAGUCACAGUGGAAUAUAGUCAAGACUGUUGUAUUAAUGUUACAGAAUGUAAUACCAGCUGAGGUGUCAUUGGUUUGUGUUGUCAAACCCGAUGAGUUUUGGGACAAGAAGGUCACCCACUUUUGUUUCUGGAAAGAAAAGGAUAGGCUUGGCUUUGAGGUUAUUUUAGUAUCUGCUAAUAAGCUGACUCGAUACAUUGAACCAUGCCAGUUGACAGAAGAAUUUGGAGGUAGCCUUGUGUACGAUCACAUUGACUGGUUAAACAAAAGACUGGUGUUUGAAAAAUUUACGAGAGAGUCCACAUCUUUACUUGAUGAGCUAGCCAUAAUUAAUGGGAACGAGAAAGGCAACCAACAGGACAAAGAAAGAGCUAUGGAUUACAACUUUCUACCAUCCUUUGAUCCAGAGACUGUCCUACAGACGGGUCAUGAGCUCCUGUCUGAGUUGCAGCAGUGUCGCUUUAAUGGAUCAGAUGGCGGGGUGUCGUGGUCUCCUAUGGAUGACGAGUUGUUGGCUCAGCCCCAGGUUAUGAAGUUAUUGGAUUCCCUGAGAGAGCAGUACACUCGAUACCAGGAGGUCUGCAGACAGCGCAGUAAACGUACGCAGCUGGAAGAAAUCCAACAGAAGGUUAUGCAGGUUGCGAAUUGGCUGGAGGGACCUGGGACAGAGCAGUUAAGAACCCAGUGGGGCAUUGGAGACUCUAUUAGCGCUUCACAGGCCCUACAACAGAAGCAUGAGGAAAUUGAGAGUAAGCACAGUGAAUGGUUUGCUGUGUAUGUAGAGCUGAACCAGCAGAUUGCUGCCCUGUUGAACGCUGGUGAUGAGGAGGACCUGGUUGAACUCAAGGGUCUUCAGCAGCAGUUGAGUGAUGUCUGCUACCAGCAGGCCAGCCAGCUGGAAUUCCGGCAAAAUAUUUUGCAGUCGGCACAUGAGUUUCAUGGCGUUGCCCAAGAUCUAUCCCAACAGUUAGAUGGUUUACUCGGGAUGCUGUGUGCAGAUGUUGCUCCUGCUGAUGGUGCAGCAAUUCAACAAACCUUAAAACAUCUGGAGGAAAAACUGAAGAGUGUGGCUGGAACUCUCCAAGGCUUGAGGGAAAAGGGCCAAGUUCUUCUAGAUCAGAUGUCUAACCAGGCAUCCUGGGCCUAUGGGAAAGAUGUUGCUAUUGAAAAUAAAGAGAAUGUCGAACAUAUACAAGGUGUAAUGGAGGAUAUGCAGCUUCGCAAACAAAGGUGUGAAGAUAUGGUAGAUGUGAGGAGAUUAAAAAUGCUUCAGAUGGUGCAGCUUUUUAAAUGCGAGGAAGAUGCAGCUCAGGCAGUUGAAUGGUUAAGUGAGCUGUUGGAGGCUCAGCUGAAGACCCAUAUCAGACUAGGAGAUGAUGCACAGGAAGUAAAAAGUUUAUUGGAAAAACACAGAAAAUUUGUUGAUGUUGCACAGAGCACGUACGAUUAUGGCAGACAGCUGCUCCAGGCCACUGUGGUUUUGUGUCAGUCACUCCGAUGUACUACAAGGUCUUCAGGGGACACACUGCCUCGGCUCAAUAGAGUGUGGAAGCAGUUCACGGUAACUUCUGAAGAAAGGGUGCAUCGAUUGGAGAUGGCCAGUACGUUUCACACUGCAGCUGAAAAGAUUCUAAAGGAAUGUCCAGAACAGCCUAAAGUCCGUAUAGAUUUCGAAGCAUAUGAAGAAGUCGAAGCAGUGGGUAAAUCUUUGCUGGACAGACUAACCGUGCCUGUAGUUUACCCCGAUGGAACUGAGCAGUUUUUUGGGAGCCCUAGUGACAUGGCUUCAUCUGCAGAACACGUCAGAGAGAAGAUGAAGAUUGUUGGCAUGAAGCAGCUACAGCAAGAGGAGGAGGAGGAGGAAGAACAGCAGCUACAGCAACAGCAGCAGCAGGAAGAGGAGGAAGAAGAAGGAGAGAAGCCAGAUGAAACUGCUUCAGCAAAUAGCUAAGGGACUCUCUUGUGUCGCCUGAUACAGAGCCUGCAAUCUACAAGUCAGCAUGGCACCAUGGCAUAACUGCAUAUACUGCAUCAGAAUGAUUCCGCAGCCAUGGGAGAAUUACUUCCAUUCUAAUACACUACGCCUCGCCAAGCCAUAUUAACUUAUCAUGUGCUGCAUAAGGCUCCUCCUCCUCAAUUUAUAAAAAUACUACAAACAUUGCACUGAACCUCCCUCAAAGCUUUACCUGGCCUGUUAUCUGUUAAUGCUAACAGUUGACUCGAGAUUUUAAUGGUGCUACUAAAAGUAUAGAAUGUCCAAGUGCAGCUUAUGUCCUUGUUGUUUACUUGAUGCUGUAGAAUUUAUAGGCUUUAGGCAAACUUCCUGUUUGUAGACAGUAAGAAAAUGUAUUUUAUAAUUUUUGUCUUAAUUUGUUAUAUCUUUUAAAGUGUUGCUGCAUCUUUUUUUUAUUGUGCCAAUACACAACCUGCCCUGAAGACCUUUGAUACUGAUGUAAACUGCCUAACCUGCUGUUUUUAAGUAUGUAUUGCUUGUAUGUUUAAGCACAUAUUGGCAAGUUAAACCAGCUUUUUAAAAAUGCUCCAAGAUUGCUGUGAUACCCAUGCACUUCAAGAAACAAGUGAUGGACAAAGCUUUGUUUAAAUAAUUGUUAUAAUAAUAAAAAAUGGAAAGCUUUAGUUCAAUAAAUAAACUAUUACAUGGGAACUAUUAUCUUUGGAAUAUACAUGUGAUUCUUCUUGUUUGUUUCUUGUACCCAAGCAUGCUUUGUGUAACACCUGCUGUUUUAUUUUAGGGCACAGGAAAUCUAAAAGUAUUUAUUUGGAGUUUGCUUGCCAUGUAAAAGUUGGGAAUGUGGCUGUGGGAUGUCUUUGUGUAUAAUCCUAUCUGGCCACUAGGUGUCAUUACUGCAUAAUUUCGCAGCAGGACAGUUUCUUUUAUGGCAGCUUUGUAAUUGGCAUCAAUGAAUAUAUGCAAGCACUAGCUGACACAGUAAUAUUCCAAAUGGUUUAUAUAUUUAUUUGUAAUAUUUGGCCACUGUAUCUAUUCUGUUUUAAGUUGCCAUGUUUUCUGAAGACAUUUUGAAAAUGCUCCAUGUAUUUAUUUACCUCUCCUGUAUAAUAUUGCUGAGUUCAUAAUAUAUUUUAAUGUAUUUCACUUCUGGAAUUUGAAUUUUCCCCUAUUCCAGACAAUUACCACAAAACAGCAGCGAUUUUAACAGUGUUACAUUGUUACUGCCAUUUAGAAUACUUGGACAUAAACAUUAUCCAACAGAUGCUGGAGUGAUAUGUAUGCAGUAGGGUUGAAUUACUUGCAUUAUAAGUUAACAUUUGGAUUGGGGCUAAGGUAGAAGUCUAUUGCACAUUAUAUUUAAUAAAAUAAUAAUAAUUAA